UCCAACAUGUUAAAUUCAGCUGUAUUCAUCACAGUGUGAAAGGAACUGUCCUAAGAUUAUCUGUCCCUCAGCAGAUUGCUGGAAAAGGAAGGCCGACGAUGCCGCUACAAGAUAGCUCAUUGCAAUUGGACUCCUGCGAUGAUGCAAUACCACGUUCCGAGGGCACUAUAGCUGCUCUAGACUUGACGGCUCGAAGGCUAUCCUAGCUGACCUGUGUGCGCAAGGUGCUGAUAAGCCAACGUCGUUGUGUGCAGAAAGCAGACAGUGAGCAUCAAUUGAUGACGAUGAGACAAAAUGGGAAGAUUGUCGACGACGUACCCUGCUAGCUCCAUGUCACCAUCACACCCCGUUGAGCCCGCUUACCAACGUGGUACUGUACCUGGGCUAGAACCCCGGCAUCAUACAGCGUAUGCCAGGAUACAUAAGAUGCAGUGAGGCUCUGAAAUUUGGUAAAAUUAUUUUUUGUCAUUCUGUCUUACCUUCUGCAGUCCCUGCUGUGGUGGUUCACGGUUCAAGACUCAAGCCAUCAGUGCUGCUGCAGCCUGAGCAUUGUUUUGUUAAUUGCCUCAACUAAACACCGCCAUGCCGUCUCUUGCACGAUUGGCUACAGCAGCUGUGCAACUGGGGUUGCUUGCUCAAUCAGCAUUCGCCAAACCAUGCCCCAGCAAGGAUCCGAAGUUGGGUGCUGUUGCAUCAGAGAGCUCGGUUUGCUCUGAAAUCGGCAUCAAUACCCUCAAAAAGGGUGGAAAUGCCGCCGAUGCUCUUGUGGCUACUCAGCUCUGCAUUGGUGUGAUUGGCAUGUACCACAGCGGCAUUGGCGGGGGUGGCUUCAUGCUGGUUCGGAGUAGCGAUGGUCAAUAUGAGUUCAUUGAUUUCCGUGAGACGGCGCCCGCUGCGGCAUUCGAGGACAUGUAUAAGAAUAAUACGACCGCCAGCUUGUAUGGCGGGCUAGCGAGUGGUGUUCCUGGCGAAUUGAGGGGUUUGGAACACCUCCAUAAGAAGUACGGUUCUCUGCCAUGGAAACAGCUUGUAUUGCCGGCUGUGAAGGUCGCCCGCUAUGGCUUCAAGGUGACAGAGGAUCUGGUCCGUUACAUGGAUAGCGUCACACCGAAUGGUAAUUUCUUGACCGAGGACCCAACUUGGGCAAUCGAUUUCGCACCGAACGGCUACCGCGUGAAGCUCGGUGAGACUAUAACGCGCAAGCGAUAUGCCGAUACUCUGGAAGUUAUUGCCCAUGAAGGCCCCGACGCCUUCUACACCGGCGCCAUCGCAAAGGCCACCAUUUCUGCACUGACCAAGGCAAACGGAACGAUGACUUUGGAGGACCUGAAAAAUUACACUAUAGCGAUCAGGAAGCCCUCCGUGAUCAACUACCGUGGCUACAAGCUGACAGGUACCAGUGCUCCUUCGGGCGGUGUUGUGGCCUUGAGCACAUUGAACAUUGUGAACGGCUAUGAGGACUUUGGAGAUCCUGCUGCGAUCAACCUCACCACCCACCGCUUGGAUGAAGCCAUGCGCUUUGCAUAUGGUCAACGCUCCGAGCUUGGCGAUCCCCUAUUUGUUGAAGGUCUCGAUGACUUUCAGGAAGCGAUACUGAGCAGCGACACUGCUGCUCAGAUCCGAUCCAAGAUCUCCGACUUCCGCACGCUGAACGUCUCUGCCUACGACCCUAAUGGCUUUGAAAGUUUGCCGACGCCAGGAACCAGUCAUAUCGUAGCCGCUGAUAAAAGCGGCCUGGCCAUCAGCGUUACGACCACCAUUAAUCUCCUGUUUGGAUCGCAACUGAUGGUUCCGGAAACCGGCGUAAUCAUGAAUGAUGAGAUGAACGACUUCUCCAUCCCUGGAUCGAGCAACGCUUUUGGCUACAUCCCUUCUCCCGCCAACUUCAUUCGCCCCGGAAAGCGACCUCUGUCCUCAAUCUCACCUAUCAUUGCCGAAACCCCCGAUGGAAAGCCGUACUUCGUCAUUGGCUCCGCAGGAGGUAGCCGCAUCAUUACUGCUACCAUCCAGAAUAUUCAUCAUGUCAUAGAUCAGAACAUGACAUCCCCGCAAGCUCUUGCUCAGCCUAGAUUACAUGAUCAACUGAGCCCUAACCAGGUCUCGUUUGAGUAUGCGUACGACAACUCUACAGUCGCGUUCAUGGCAAGCUUGGGGCACAAUGUGACGUGGGUUGCACCCGGCCAGAGCACAGCGCAGGGAUUGCGUAUACUACCCAAUGGCACCUUCGAGGCUGCUGGAGAACCGAGACAACUGAACUCAGGUGGCUUCGCUGUAUAAUCUCAGCCUAUCUACUUCGUAAAUAUAAUCAUAAUUCUAUAUUAGAACACAUGCUGGGCUGAGACUGGCCCUGAGUAGGUUUAUCCUUUGCUAUGAUGUAUCUGUGAUGUGUGUACGUAGGUUGUGGUCGCAGAU